AUGGGCCUCGCGUCCUCGCUCCUGAGGACGCGGCAUUCGGGCGGAGGUUCCGUCCUGGUGAGUUUCGAGGAGGGCGAUCGAGUUGGUGUGGCUGCCAUGAUCGUCGUUGAGGCGGAGUCCGCCGUCUUCUGGGAGCAGAGGGAGAAGGACGUCGAAGCGGAGAGGGAGUGGUCGAAGAUUACGAGCCCCGGCUUCAGCUUCUCCGCUGCGGGGCUUUCGUUUCCUUACCAUCUCGGCGUCGCGCAGAUUCUCCUGGAGAAGGGGUACAUUCGGGUGAAUCCAGCAAAAUACAAUGGCAUUUUUUCUGAUUUUAGUGUAUUAUGGAAGGAGCAAGGGGUUCUAGGACUUUGGAGAGGUUGGGCUGGGAAGUUAUAUGGAUAUGGUGCCUUGCACAAGGAGGUUGUAAGUUUGGCCUUUAUGAAUACUUCAAGAAGACUGAUUGCAGAUGCUGCCCUCUAUCCUUUUGAGGAAGUCAAAAUUCGUGUGCAAACUCAACCUAACUAUGCUAAAGGAUUGGUUGAUGGCUUUCCAAAAUUGUGUGCAGCUGAAGGUCUGCCAGGGUUCUACAGGGGUCUUGCUCCACUUUGGGAGAUUGAAAGGCGUGGUCUUAAAGUUUCAGUUGUCGGAAUUCCAAAGACUAUUGACAAUGAGAUUGCGGACCACUUUGCCAAGGAAAAGAUUGUAAUGAACCUCACAUACAUAGAUCCCACGUACAUGAUUCGUGCCAUUCCUAGCAAUGCUUCAGACAACGUCUAUUGCACGCUUCUCGUUCAUAGUGUUGUCCAUGGCGCCAUGGCUGAAUACUUGGGCUUCACUGUCAGUCCUGUUAAUGGCAGGCAUGCUUAUAUACCUAUCUACCGUGCGACUGAGAAGCAGAAUCAAGUCUGUAUAACCGACCGUAUGUGGGCGAGGUUGCUUUCCUCUGCGAACCAACCUAGCUUCCUCAGCCCAGAGGACAUUGAAGAAGCCAAGAGUAAGCGAGAGUCGAGCAUUCAAGAUCUACAAAUGUUCUUGGCAGACGGGAAGGCCUUGAGUGAGGACGCCAAUUUCUCGGCGACGUCAUAA